GCGAACAAAAGAUAUAAACCAAAGCCCAUUUCUUCUGUUCCCUCCAAUCCCCGUCGCCGCAAAACAGACGGUUUAGCACAAUCUCAAACUCCCUUUGGCUUCCCAGGUUCGCAUUUGCUUCUCUUGUGAGAAAAAAAAAAUCAAUGUCUUGUGUGUUUAACUAUUAAGAUUGGCGCACUCAGUUUGUACGAAUGUGGAAAUCACCUGCCAUAUCCUAUCUGGUUGGCCGUUUAACUCAUCUUGGAGUUGUUAGGGCCCAAGUUCUGAGUUCUUCAUACAGUACGGUGGCACAAGCUCAAGUAUUUAACCAUAGAACAGGAAAGGUUGUGGUGUCAUCUGAGGAUCUACACAGCAACCAAGGUAAUAGUCAUUUUCCUGAGAAAAAUGCUGGAGGUCAAAACAGGAACCAAAUUGGAUGGAAUGUUUCUAGAAAGGAUAAGGUCAACUUUCUUGUCAAAACACUUCUUGAUCUCAAUGAUAGUAAGGAGGCUGUUUAUGGUACUCUUGAUGGAUGGGCUGCAUGGGAGCAAGACUUUCCUAUUGGAAAACUUAAGAUGGCAUUGAUUGCUCUUGAGAAGGAACAGCAGUGGCACCGAAUUAUUCCGGUGAUUAAAUGGAUGCUAAGCAAGGGACAGGGAACCACCAUGGGAACAUAUGGGCAACUAAUACGCGCUUUAGAUAUGGACCAAAGACCAGAAGAAGCACACGAGUUCUGGCAGAAGAAGAUUGGCAUGGAUCUGCAUGCAGUUCCGUGGCAGUUAUGCAAAAGCAUGAUGUCUAUAUACCAUCGAAACAACAUGUUGGAGAAUCUCGUAAAGCUUUUUGAGGGUCUGGAAGCUUUUGAUCGUAAACCACCACAGAAAUCUAUAGUCAGGAAAGUGGCGGAUGCAUAUGAGAUAUUAGGCAGGCAUGAAAAGAAAGAGAGGGUGUUGGAGAAGUACAAUUAUCUCUUCACUGAAGAUCCAUCACGGAAGAAACCUAGAAAGGUCUCAUCUAAGGAGAAGAAGAAACUAGGUUAGAACUUCUAAUUGGUUGAUUUAAAUCUAUGACAACGUAUACUAUUGUAUAUGCAAUUUCUAUGACAAAGAAAAUUGUACAAAUUGAUAAAAUGCAAUGCUCUGUUGGGAUUGCGGUUUCAUGAUUC